UUGGAAGAACCAAGUGGAAGUUGGUCAAUCAGUGAUCUUAAUUAUUAUUGUUUAAUACAAAUAAGUGAUACACAUUAAAAAAUUGCUUAAAAUAUUUAAUUUAUUUAUUUGUUACUUUUAUACUGCGCAAAUUAAUUGACAAACGAUAUAAUUAAAUUUUUGCAAUACUUUUGACGAAUACGUCACAGCGCCAUGUUGUAUUCCUGCGCUGAUUGCAGGCACGAGAAAUCUGCCAAUCCGUUUAUUUUUUGGGAUUAGUGCCCGAGAAUAAAUCGAACUGCGAUUUUGUACUCAAAUAUAUUUUAAUUUAUAUUUGUUGGCAAAUGUCAAACAACUUUAGUGAAUUCGAUGCAUCCCUGUUGUCGCAUUUUGAGUGCUAACUCCUAAUUUCAACUGCAGUUUUGUGCAUCCGCGAAAGUUGAAAGGACUGUGUUGUAAAAGAAAGAAGUGAUAAUUAGCCAAAAUUCCGGUCCCUACGCGCAGACGAGAAGGUGCCUACCCGCCGGGGCAGUCAGGCGAAGGAGAUAUGAACAACAAACGAAAAAAUCGCCAAGGGCCGCCGAGAUCGCCCCGAGGCCGAGUGGUAGCAGAAGGUGUAUACAAUAACGCGCAUUUCAUGCACGCUGCGACGUCGCACGUCGGUGACAUCGUCCAAGUUCUCACGCAGUCCGGAAGUCUAUGGGAGGGUGUGUUCAAAACGUUCAGCGCUCAGUUUGAGGUCGUACUAGAGGUGGCACAUCGAGUGGAUCAAGAAGGCGUCGUAGCAGUCGACUCCGUGGUGGAGAAGUUGAUCUUCAAACCGCAGGAUGUCGUUUCCAUCAGGGCCAAGGAUUCGGACCUCGAGUACGCGACCCACGACGUGUUUCAGACUGAUAGCGCCAUAUCUAACAAGUUUAAUGGUAACGGUCGGUCAGCAGAGGAGCGUCACUUAGAGCCCUGGGACGGCGAAACCGAAGCUGCUGAAGCGCCAUCGUUGAACGGCGACGCUCGACUCGACGAUCUCGAACUCGAUCACCGCGCCAACGGCUGGGACGCGAACGACAUGUUCCGUAAGAACGAAGAAAUUUACGGAGUUCAUAGCACUUACGAUCACUCGCUGGCCGGGUACACGCUCCCGUUACAGAGGAAGGACACACAGGAUUAUAGGGACGCAGAAGCUAAAGCGGAAGAGAUAGCAGCCGAAAUAGAAAGUGCACCGUCGUAUAAGGCGCGGCUGGAGCUCGAAAAUGGUGACGAAGAGGAACGGUUCGCGGCCGUCGUGCGGCCCGCAGACACCGGCAAGUACGUCAUACCGAACAAGAGGAAGAAUAUGCAGACGGGAAAACUAGUGAAGCCAUCGAACAACAACGGGGGCGCGUCCCCCAGCGCCGGCGGGAAGCCCCCCGCCUUCUCGCACGCACCGCCCAAGGACAAGGAGCAUCGUCCGCCGCGACACCACCUCACGCCCCCCUCCGACCGGCGGCCCGAGGACCAGCCGGCUGCGAGCCCGGCGCCGUCCGGCGCCAACCCGGCGGGCGGCAAGAGCUACGCGGCGCAGGCCGGCGGCUACCACGCGCCGCCCGCCUUCCCGCACCACGCGCACCCGCACGCGCACCACGCGCAGGCGACAAGCGGCAAGAUGAAUGGCGAGCCUCGAGCGGCGCCCUUGCCUCGUCAGGGCUUUCCACCACACCACCAUCACAACCCUCCCCCGGGCGCGGACACGCACGCGCGGCCGCCGCGCCACCACGCGCCGCCGCCCGAGCCGCGCCGCCAGGACGAGGUGCAGGAGCUCCGGAAGUUCGGGCAGGAGUUCAAGCUGGUGUCCUCCCCCGCGCCCGCCGCGCCCGCGCCGCCGCCCGCGACGCCCGUCGUGUCCGCGCCGCCGCCGCCCCAGCAGACUUCGGGUACAUCGAGUCCACCCGAGGUCUCGGCCAACGUUGGAGCUCCGUCGUCGCCGCCCAAGCGCGAGCGUGUCCACAAGCCGCCGCACGAACCCACGCCCACACCGACACCCACACCUGCCCCCGCAUCUGCACCCGCGCCUGUUCCCGCUUCACUUCCUCACCACAAGCCCCCGUCGGGUGGCAAGGACGACCCCCCGGAGGCGCGCUCGGGCGCAGCUUCUCCCGCCGCCGUCACUCUCAAGAAAUCCACACUCAACCCAAAUGCCAAGGAGUUCAACCCCAGCGCCAAGCCCUUCACGCCGCGCAGUCCUACCACGCCCGGACACAGCAGUAUGUACUGUUCCAGACCGCACACGCCGGGCACGCCUGUGGGCGUGGGCGGCGUGGGCAUGGGCGUGGGCGCGGGGCUGGGCGGCGUGGGCGUCAUGGGCGCCGGCGUCAGCUACGUGCCCGCGCCGCCGCCGCCGACGCACAUGGUGGCGGCCGUCCCCGCCUACGCGAUGGUGGCGCAGCAGCCGCCCGCCUACCUGCCGCACCCGCACCCCAUGGAGGUGUCGUGCGAGUGCCGCCAGUACGCGCCCUUCCUCGUGCUGGACAAGCGCGAGCGAGACGCGCUAUACGGUGCGGCCAUGGGUGGCGGUGGCGGUGUAGGCGGAGCAGGUCAACAUUCGCAGCUUCCUACACAGUCGCAGAGAAACUUCAGGAAAGGGUCCGGCGUGCAGGUGGCGGCGGCGACGGGGCAGCCGCUGCUGGCGCCGGCGCCCAUGCAGCCCUUCGUGCCCUACCCGCACCCGCACCCCGCGCACCCGGCGCACCCCGCGCAGCCCGCUCUGCAGUACCAGCACAUGGUGCGCAUGUACCACCACGGCGGCGGUGGAGUAGGAGUCGGCGGAGGGGUGGGCGUCGGCGGCGUGGGAGUGGGCGUGGGCGAGUACGCGCCACCGGCGCAGUCCCCCGUGGCGCCGUCGCCGCUGUACCCGCCGCCCUCGCCCGCGCACACGCCGCACCCGCACCCGCACCCGCACCCACACCCGCACCACCACUACCAGCAGCCGCCCUUCCAGGUGCUGUGCCCGCUGAUGGGUCCGGGCGGCGCGCAUCACCACCACCACCACCCGCACGUGGCCUAUCUCAACCACGCCCCACCCACCGCCAGCCCACCGCAUCACCCGCAUCAAGUUCAGCAGGUGCUGCUGCCGCCGCAGCACCAGUCGUCGGGCGGCUCCAGCACGCCGGGCGUGCACUCGUCGCACCCCUAACCCGCGCGCCGCUAGCACCCGCCGCGCCCGCUGCAUUUAGAAUGGUACCACCAGCGCCGCCACCGACACCGCCGGGGGGACUACGUCGUACGCUACUACGUUUGCUACCGAUCGAACUUUUACGUGUGAUCGUGGUGGG